AUGGAUAAAAUUUCGUCACUAUUUUUGAAUCCAAGUUCACAGAAUACGUUACCAUUUCCAACGCCACCGCAUGAAUCUCUAAAAAAUACCCAGUCUAAUUUGAUGCUGAAUCAAGAUUUCAUGGAAAAACCACCAGACAAAGUCAUGAACGAAAUACCAGAUUAUAAUUCUCAAACAGUUAUGAUAAAUGAUCUAGAAAAUAAUCACUUAAUAGCUAUCAAUAAGUCAUUACCAGCACCAAUGAAUGUAAGGGCUGUUGAAAAGUUCUUCAGCAAAAAUUUAAAACAGAGACUUAGAUCUUCAGAGGAAAUUAACGAAAAAGAUGUGACUUCUAACGACGAACAAACAAAUUCCAAAAGCAAUACUUUUAACAACAAUUACGACGACGAGAAUGAAAAUUAUUCGACAUCGAAUGAUGAGGAGAAUCAGGAUUUCAAAAGUGCACAUGAAGAAACAUCUAAAGGUGAGAAGGAUUAUGACAGUAAGGAUGAAAAUCUGCCAAUAUGGAACGAUCAGAAGGAGCUUUCUGAGCAAAAUAGAAUUGGACAGGACUCAGAGAUUCAGGAAGACAGUAGUGAAAGGAAUGAGAAUCAGUUAUCUGUAGAAGAUCACGAUUAUUAUGAUAAAAGUGAAGAUCAAAAGAUAUCUGAAGAUCAGAAGAAUUCUCACGACAUAGGAGGGAGUCAAGAACUUUCUGCACAUCAGGAUCAUAAUGAAAAAAAAUCAAAUGAAGUGGAUAACUUAAAUGAGGAAUCACAUGAGGUGGACGCAAAUUCUUGUGAAAAUAAUUGUGAAGGAUUGUGUGAAAAUAAUUGUGAAGAAUCACAUUUUCAUCAUGCAGAUGACAUUGCAGAAUCUGAAAUUCAAACUUCACAGAACAAGAAUACAAGUGCAGAAGUUGAAUCAGAAACUGAUAGAGAAAGGGAAUCUUGUAAUGAUGCCUCUUGUGAACACACAUCAGCCAACUAUGAUCCCUACCUCGUGGGAGCUUCUUCAGGUAAUUUGCAAUCAUCUCCUUGGCCACCAGCACAGAAGCCGACGGAUGACAAGUGGAAAGCACCGAGAGAACCAGAGCAAUAUUCAGAAAAUUACUAUUAUGCCGUCAAGAAUGAAAAAAAUUGCCAAAUGGCAGCUUCUUCCAGUUCUAAUCUAAAAGACCAAAAAAAUGAAGAAUGUAAUUCUGUGAAUACUUCUUCGGAGAAAGCAUCUAAAUUAGACUUUGAAGAUGAUAUCCUACUCGAAAAAAGCAAUUCUGAUGAAAUUAGUAUGAGAAAAAUGAAAUUUGCUGACUCAGUUUUGAAGGAUGAAAAAGUUGAAGGACCAAAACUUUAUCAUAAAAAUUUAUAUAAUGGCAUUUUCCACAGUUUUGCAAAUAACGAAUUAAAUAAUCCAAAAAAUACACGGAAUGUAGAACGUUCAAAUUCUAAAGCGCAAAUUUUACCAGAAGCUGGAAAAUUUCAAUCAAAACGGUUUCUGUUACCAGCGAUAGAACGAAGAUUCAGUGAUGAAGUUAUCGAAUAUUUGGGUAAGAGGAUGAAAGUACAAAAUAUAGAAAAAGAUGGAAAAAGAUGGAACAAUGAUGUAAUUAAGUUGAAACCAAAGCUGCGCACUGAUAAUGAAGUAGUAGUGUUGAGGAAUCUGAAUAGCACUCAGAAGUCGUCAUCUAUCAAGCCUUUAAUUCAACUAAGAAAUUUUGAUAUAAUAGCAAAAUUUACUAACAACAAGAACUCACUGAGAUCAAGUCAAAUUAAUACCAACAAAAUCACAAGUAAUUUCAGGUCAGAAAAUUAUUUAAAAACAAAUCCUUAUUUCUUGUUACCAGACAACCAUACAGAUGCAAUGCACAAUAAAUUUGUUAAUCAAUUUGUACAAAAUUUUAAACUUAGACCAAUUUUGACUAGUUUUCUUGCUGAUAGUAAACGUAAAAUAGCAUGCAAAACUUUGGAUGGUUGCUCUGAGAAACAGCUAAAACAAGAAGUUAACUCUGAAUCAUUCCAUAGAUUGUCACCACAAAUCAGAAGUUCUAAUACUCUUUCAAUUGAUACAAAUCAGAAAAAGAUUAAUAAGAGAAAAUUAGAAAAAUUACUUCGAAUAAGAAACGCCAAGUUUUUUCAUGCAUCUGUCAAUGAAGGAUAUUCAAAAAAGUUGGUAACCGGCAAUUAA